CGAAGAUGUACCAAUCGAUCACAAUUCGUUAAAAUUUGAGGUUAUAUUGUUUUAACUUCCUUCAACUGUCGUUUUAAACUUACGUCUAUUGACUUACAUAGUUCAUACUCUCUUUUAUAUUAAUUUAUUAUUUGAUUUUUGAACAGUACAUAAAUGAAAAUGUCACCUCAGACGACGGAGAAGAAAUAACAGAACAGUUCGCUGGCUGUUCAUGUUCUGAAGAUUGCUCCACAAAUGCAACAAACUGCUCUUGCAUUAUGAAGCCUGAAAAUAUUCUCUAUUCCAUGAACGGACUGCUGAAUGACGUCGACCCAUUUAGCUCGCAACUUCGAUUUCUGCGUGAGUGCAAUGCGAACUGUGCGUGCGAUGAAAGGACUUGUUCGAACAGGGUCAUUCAGAGAGGUGUGACCAAACGUUUGAUCGUCUUUGAUACAAAAACUGCAAAGGGCCUGGGUGUGAAAGCAGGCGAAUUCAUCACGAAAAAUUCAUUUGUAUGCGAGUACACAGGUGAUGUUCAAAUGUGCUGGUGUGACGAUGACGGUUCAAACUUUUCAACUCCAACUAACCGAACAAACUCACCAAAAACAUUGAGAACAACAAUAGACGCAACUCAGAGGGGCAACGUUAGUAGACUGAUCAACCAUUCCUGCCAACCGAAUCUCUUCAUGGUGCCGGUAAGGAUAGAUACCAUGCUACCGCGCAUGGGUCUCUUUGCCCUAAUGAAUAUUCAUGGAGGGGAGGAGCUUGCGUACGAUUAUUCGGGAUCUCCUCAAGAAAUAUGUGACGAAAGUGGGAACAUUAAGUGCGGUUUCAUGCGCGGAGGAACAGGUGAUGAUGACACAAGUGUGAAAACUGCUGCUGCGUUGAAAAUUAACGACGAUGACGUCAGUUUGUCUCGCGUUUGCUGCUGUGAUGAAGAUGAUGACGACGACGACAACGAUGCUAAUAAUAAUAAUAAUAAUAAUUGUAAUCAUAAUGUUAAUAAUGAUACCUAUAACAAUGAGUGUACAGUUGGUUGCGCCGCUAUGCGUAAUAACAAUGAUGAUGGCGGCAAUGACGUCAACAAUAAUGAUAUUGACGGUGAUAAGGAUGGUAAUGAUGAUUUGAAACAGUCAGUGAGAAGUUGCAUUUGCGCCUCAAAGCACUGUAGAAAAUUUCUGCCUUUUUAAAAUGAAAAUAUGAAAAAAGUUAAUAAAUUACUUUUCUGUGGAAAAAAA